AUGAAUACCUUGUUUCAAGCUCAGCAACGCGGAUUGCAAGACCCCCAAAAGACAGAAAUCCUAUCCGUCCUCACAUCGCCCAGGGACGAGGUCGCCAUUCGCAUGUUCCUAGCAACAAGCCGGCUCAUCGCAAGCCUCGGUCAACAAGACGCCGAGCGUCUACUAGCCUACAUGAUGCCUUUCCACAGGGCAGAAAUCGUGCCGUUCCAACGGAUCGGUAAACGCUGGAGCCUACACUUCAAUCAAGUUCUAUAUGUGGAGUGGAUGGGCUACCGGCGCAAUAACUUGGCAGCAACUGUCAACGUCGAGUCGAGUAACACGUUUCUAUACAACCUGGCCUGCUUUGAGAUGUGCUGGCGCAUAGAGACACUAAUAUGGGAAUCCAGGCUGAUGUGCUUCCGGGGUCUAACCCCAGAGAAACGCGACGCUCUCUACUGGAAUGUCCUGCUGAUUCUCGAGCUCAGGUGGUUGGCGAGCCAUCGGUACGCCAACCACGAGCUCAGCAUCCCCCGACAGGAUCGCGCUCUUCACGCGCAUCUAGAGGAAGUAUUAAGGGAGGAGUGCGCGCAAGGGUGUCUCCCCACAAAGGAAUUGGCCGCCCGACUCGCUGCCGACGUUCCCGUCCGUCGGACAGAUGAGUGGACUCCUCUCCGCCCGGCGCCCUGCCGUGCCGGAUGCGAGUGCGAGGUCUUCAAGCAGGCUGCCCAUUUACGCUCGCGGCAGGAAGACGUACCGGUCAUCGUGGAGCACCUCCCGAAUUGGGACACGAUCCCGGACGCUAUCAUCGAGGCAGGAGUGCGAGAUGAUUGGGUUGUAUUGAUGCCUUCGAUCAAGGUCGCCAUUAUCGGUGCAGGCCCAGUUGGCUGCGCGCUCGCGAGGCUUCUACACCAAGCCAACAUCAACGUCACUGUUUUCGAGGGCGAAUCUGCCUUCGACGCUCGGGGUCAAGGUGGCACUCUAGACCUUCACACAUCGACUGGUCUCCGAGCUAUGAAGGAGGCUGGCCUCUGGGAUGAAUUUCUGAAGCAUGCACGGUACGAGGGUCAGUUCAUGAUGAUUACUGAUAGGCAUGGCAAAGAUUUCUUGAAGCACGAAGCUACUGGAAGCUCCAACAAGCUUGAGGAACGACCAGAGAUUGAUCGCGUCAAGCUUCGCCAGAUUCUCAUCGAGUCGCUUCCAGAGGGUAUGAUCAAAUGGGGCCACCGACUCGUGAGUGUUGACGCCGAUAGGACACUCCAUUUCAAGGACUCGACGACAGCGUCCGGAUUUGAUCUUAUUAUCGGUGUAGAAGGAGCGUGGAGCAAGGUGCGGAGUCGCUUGAACCCAGACCUCAAACCCGAAUUUGCCAGAGUGGGGCAGUACAGCAUUACGGUAUCGGAUUUUAAGGAGAACGCGCCCGGGGUUUACAAGUUUGUGAAUAAGGGAAGUGUCUUCGCCCAUGCGGAUGGCAAGAGGGUGUCCAUGCAACAACUUGGAGACGGAUCGCUAUCGAUGAGCAUGUCCGUGGUUCGCGAUUCGGACGACUGGGCGGACCCGUCCCUAAGUCUCGAGGAUGCAAAGGCUAAGAUCCUGGAAGAGCUCGACGACUGGGCGCCAGUUUUCAAGGAAGCCGUAUCCAAGGCAGAUUCAUACGAGACGCGUUCGCUCUACCAGCUCCCCGUGGGAGCCACGUGGGACCACGUGAAGGGCAUCACGCUCGCCGGUGAUUCGGCGCAUCUCAUGACGCCGUUCGCCGGUGAAGGCGUGAACAUCGGGCUCGCGGAUGCGCUACACCUCAGCAAGGCGGUCGUUGCGGCGAUAGCACAGGGUGGAAGCGCUGAUGCUCUCGACAAACAAGUCAAAGUCUACGAAAAGGACAUGUUUUCGAGGGCCCAAGCUGUCCAGAAGCUUACUGACGAUCUGAGAAAGGACUUUUUCUUUGAGAAGGGAGUGCCUGGGUCGAUUAUGGGUCGGACCAUGUCGAGACAUGUAAAGUUCCGGACACCCUGGGUGCUUCACCCCAUUGCGACGGCUGCAGUGCAUGGGUACUUUUUUGUUCGCAACUUUAAAUCUUGA